GAGAGAGAGAGAGUGCCCGUUGCUCACUGUCCGUUCCAUUUCCAGAGCCCAUCGUUUCCUAAAUUUUCAGAUCAACUAAUCAGUUAUCUUGAUCACGUCUCCCUACCCUAUCGCCUCUCAUACCCUUUCUCAUCCCUCCCCAUCUUCACUUUCGUCUUCGUCCUGCCGCAGUGCGACACCCUCGCCCUCAUUGGUCGCCAUGGCUGCGCAGGCGGCUUUGAUUGCUGAUACCAUCGUUGGUAUGAAGCGGGCUUUACACAAGGAAACUAACUACUCAGGCCCGGAUGACCCCAUUACGGAACCGACCAAUCGAGGCAACAAACUACGAGCCAAUGCACAGUAUGUUCGUGAGGGCGCACUAGGGUAUAUUCACUCGGAAGAUCUCUACAAACAGGUAGGAUAUCUCUAGUCGGCACGACGAUUGCCUGAUGCGCGCGUCUGCUCCGAUGUCGGUUCAAGAAAUCGCUAACUCGGGAUUCUUUUUCGUCGUGAGCAGAAAAUUGAACAUGCCGGAUACACUCGAUACAUCCUUCAACAGAAUCCCGUGCGAUACGACUCCGAGGGCGAUGAGCUCGACGAGGAUGACGAAGAUUCCGAAGCGGAUGCCAUUGCGGCGGAAGAAAACCCUUUUUCUGAGAUUGCGCUGGAAAACUUCCUGUGCCCUCUGAAGCAUCCUUCGGAACUACCUAUCCACCCCUCGUUAUCCCAUGCCUAUACCUCCAAGGCCCUUUUUAAUAUGACACAGGCCAUUGACGCCAAGUUACGUCAAGAGCGUGCAUUAUUAUGGCGCGCAAGAAAUCUUCAUCGGCAGUUUCUAGGUGACGGGUCGUGGGUACCAUGUGGGACAAUAGAAACAUCAGAAGACAGGUGGAUUUUUGAGCCCCGAAUGGCCAGCACCGGACACAGCACUCCGUCAGCUCAGGGGCGGGGAACUGGGACUACACCAUCACAUGUUCAGAAUCAUGAGCCAUCGAACCCGCGCUCAGCAGAAGAUGUCCCAAAGCAGUCACAACCGGACCAGAACGGGGAGCCCCAAGCUGCAGACAAAGAUGUGGAAAUGACAGAUGCCCAGAACCAAGAGACGCAAAGUGAUGUCCCCAAGGAUAAUGUGGAACAAGGAAAAGUUCCCAAGGCGGAAGAAGUUGAUACACCCGUGGGAGAUCUCCCACAGCAUCCGGAGACCACGGUUCCGGGCCCACUCCCUAAUGGAAAUAGUACAGGAAACCCGGAGUCUGGGCAAGAUCUGGCGACUGAUUCCGACCACACACUUGACAAGGCGAGGAGAGACAAUGCGAACGACAAGCCAGCCACCAGCGUGAAGGGGGCCCUGGCUGAUCCGGGGUCCUGGGUCGAUACGCAAGGGAACGAAACCGAUCAAGAUGAGGAGAUGCACGAUGAGGCUGACCACGGGCUACCUCAGCGCAUGACGACUCGGGCGCAAGUCAACGCCGUCAACCCACAGCAGGAGCUUGACCCAAGCAAUAUCUCCCCAUCGCCUUCAUCUGACACUCUCAGUACGCUUCCAGCACCACACCCUCUUUUCCUCACCCCGAAUUCUGUUCGACCAGACCCAAAUUUUGGCCUGCCGCCCAACGAGGCCGAAGAUACGCGGCGGCUACUUUGGUCUUAUGUUCAGAAACAGGAGGAAACUGUUCGCGGGUUCGAGCACAUGCUGGAGUGUCUCCUUCGUGCCGGCCGGAUGAAAGAAGACGUCUUGGAGUGGUGUAAAGCGGAGGGCCACGUGGGGGAGAUGAGUGACGGGGAAGAUUGGUAUGACCGUGAGAAGUGGGGUCUUGCAGAAGGAGAAGAUCUCAAGAAGGGAGCUGACGAGGAUGAAAUCGAGACGGUCGAAGAGAGUCGGACAUCGAACAAAAGGGGUAGAGGCCGACGAGCCUAAACUGACAUCACACAUACACACUCUCUCCUUCCCCCUUCACAUUAUUCUACGAUCAUGCUUCUUGCUACGCAUUCACGCCUAUCCUCAUACAUAGAUCCAUAGCGUGGAGUUGGCGGUGUUUGUGUUCCGAUGCCGUUGACAUUUUCGGGGGUCUUUCUUUAACAUGUUGUUACCGGAUUCCCCAGCAAUAAUCUUUUCUUUGACG